UCCUCUCCUCUAGAUCUGCUGCUGCUCUCUCUCCCUCUCUCUCUCUUUCUCACUGUCCUUCACUCACAUGCGCACACUCACUCAAUUCAUCCUUUCUUUCUGUUUGCUACCUCUUCCAUCCCUCAUUCUCUUCAUUACCCUAUGCAACGCUCUCUACCAGACAAUGGGACUGACUUUUUGGGAGUGAGUGUGUGAGUGCACUGCUUUGCAUUUGUGUGAAUGUGUGUGUAUGUGUGAGUCUUCAGUGUGGGUGUGAGCGGAUGUGGGAUCUGUAUGAAACCUCUUUCCUGCCAGCCCAACGGAUCCAGUGAGCCAGCUAAGCAAACCAGUCGUGAACGGAGCUGGGCAAGUGUGUGAGUGUGUGUGUAUGUGGGUCUCUUUCUCCCACACACAGUCCUUCGCACAUUUGGGAUCCUAGGGUUCGCUGCCUGUCCCCAGGACCCCCUACACCCCUCUGUCUAUCUUUCUCUCUCUGCGGACUCCUCUUCUCCAGCAGUCACCAUUUCGACUCCCGGCAGACCCACGCUGGCUGCCCAGCCACUCCCGCGCCUCAGCCUGGGCAGGAAGACCCUGGUGGUGGCCGCUGUAGGGGUCAUGCUGGUGCUGGUGCUGGUGGUGCUCAUCCCUGUGCUGGUCAGCUCCGUGAGCAAUGACAACAGCCACUAUGAGAUGCUGGGCACCUGUCGAAUGGUGUGCGACCCGUAUCAGAACAAGGGCACCACCACGGGCAUCACCAGCACUGGCUCUUCUGUGCAGGCCGAGGCCGAGGCUUUGGCCGAUCAUGGCAACAUGCCUCCACCCUCCACGCUCCUCCAGGGGCCACAGGGGAAGCCGGGCCGGCCAGGCAAACCCGGACCUCCAGGGCCACCAGGGGAGCCAGGGCCCCCGGGUCCGAUGGGGCCCCCGGGGGACCGGGGGGACAGGGGUCGAAGCGGGGUUCUGGGUCUGGGAAAUGAUGGAGCUAUCAGCACAGUAACGUACAACACGCAUCCACGAGUGGCUUUCUACGCGGGACUAAAGAACCCACACGAGGGCUAUGAGAUCCUAAAGUUUGACGAUGUGGUGACCAACCUUGGCAACAACUAUGACGGCGGUUCAGGCAAGUUCAUCUGCGGUGUACCGGGCACAUAUUUCUUCAUCUACCAUGUUCUGAUGAGGGGAGGUGAUGGAACCAGCAUGUGGGCUGACCUGUGCAAAAACGGACAGGUGCGAGCCAGUGCGAUCGCCCAAGACGCUGAUCAGAACUAUGACUACGCCGCUAACAGUGUGAUUCUGCAUCUAGAUGUGGGUGAUGAAGUCUACAUCAAACUGGAUGGUGGCAAAGCCCAUGGAGGCAACAACAACAAAUACAGCACCUUCUCUGGCUUCAUUCUUUACGCCGACUGAAUUUGAGGGGGAAACGUGGGAAAGAAAGAGACGUAGUGAAAGCAAAAAGAAAGUUAAGGACAGAGCAGUCAUCAUCCCAGCUCUUGAUUUUACCAGGAUCUCUCCAUCGCUCCAACACACAUCUUAAAAGUGCAGUUUCCACAGCUAAAAAAGUUUGACUGACUGAACUGAAAGAGACUCGAUGGAACGAGGGUUCAGUUGCUUCUCUUUGAAUCACCUUAUUGAUUGGGAAAAGAUGAGGAAACAAAAUGAUACCAAUUACAUUUUUCUCUUUCGGUGUUGAAAGGACAUUUCUUGUUUUAAGACUUCAGGAGUGACUGGCUGAGAUCUAUUCCCUCAUCGUAGUGUGCUUCUCCUUUGUAAAGAUUUAUCUUCACCAACAGAUAUCUAUUGACAAAAGGAGAAUUGUUAAAAAUAUCCCUAACACCCUGUGGAGUAUGUUACUUUUGCAGGCUUAUGAAAGAUCAAAUAAGUUGUAGUUGCAAUCAGAUUUCAGAUCAUUAAAAAUGCUUGCGUUCUCCUGACUUCUAUAUUGAGCACAGCAUCCCCUGUUGGCUGUUGUUGGUAACUGAGUUUCUUUGUGUAUGUGUUGUUCUCUGUUAAGACUGUAGUGGCUGAUGACUGUUGUGGAUGAAUGUUAUUCCUUACUAGCACUUAAAACAAUUGAUACUCUGAUACCUAAUGUCACUCCCUUGCCUUGACUCUUUUCCUCCCUUGUCAAUUAGCACUCGACCCAGAAGUUCCCUCUCUCACCCACAUCCUGCCCCCCUGCGCCCUUAAGGAAACGGCAGAAGAGUUUAUUCACUUUCUUAUGAACAUGAGCAACAGUUAUUGAUGGCGCAAAGGAUGUUUAAGUAUGUUUUAGGAUUAUUUAACACACUUGCGAUAGACAAGAAACCAUUGAUGGACAUUUUUUUAUGCCAAAUUUAAAAAAAAAAACCUGUUUAAAUGUCAAACCAUUAUAAAUAUCACUAGGGCUGCAACUAACAAUUAUUUUGAUAAUCGAUUAAUCUUCAAUAUUUUUUUCAGAUUAAUCAAUUAAUCAGAUUUUUAAAAAAUAAAUAAUUUCCUGUAUUUUAUUCAAAUGUGAUUUAUUUAAAAAAUGAAAUAAAAAAGGGCACGAGUAUUUGGUUCGAUUUACGGUACUGAAUUCCACUACAUGAUUCUAUACUCCCACAAAACUUUGAACAAAGCCUGAAUCAUGAAAGUUAAGUUUGAAUUUAUUAUUAUUAUUACUUUCAGGAUAUAUGCAAAACAGUUAGUUUCCUUUACUAGUAAAACUUAACAAAAAGUACUAUUCAUUAAUGAGGAAAAUGAUCCAUCAGGGAUGGAGUGGGACAAACAAUCAGCCCAGCAGAGGGUAAAAUGACACCAGAAUAAAAAUAUGAAUAAUUCUGCCCAGCUGAAAUAGUGUACGUUUAAAAACAUAUAGUCUCUCAUUACAUUUUUCUAAACUAUUCUUUUUGAAAAAACACUUUUAAUGGUAGUGUAUGCUUAUCUAGUAAAAUAAUGUUUGCCAUAGAAUAAAUUUACUGGUGAAAUCAGACAUUACAUUUGGCAUUAUCAAGACUAUCAAAUAUUAGGACCCUUAGCAUUAUUAUACAUUAUAUUCAGCAUACAGUUUAUGUAGAACAAUCAUCAGAUUCCCUCUCGUGCUGAAAAGUAUAAUUUUUUGUCUAGACAUAAGCUCAUUGUAUUACAUGGACUUACAUGAAGAGAAGAAACCAUCUAAAACACUUUAAAAGCUGACAGACUUGGACCUCUGAGACAUUGUGACAUCCAUGAAAACUACGUAAUUGAUUACAUUGAAACUGAAAUCGCGGUAUGAUGUUGCACACAUGUAAUCAAAAUGAUUGCACUCCCUUUCUCCACUGCAAUCAGUUUGACAUGGAUGCGCGCACUCACGUGCUCGGUAAAGUUGAAAGGAGACUCGCUUGUGGUAAAGACAAACUAAAGUUUCUAAAGUUUUGAGAAAUGGAAAUACAUGCCUGAUUUUGAAUUCAUAACAUGUAUACAUUACAAAACAUAGAAAAUAGCAGUAAAAUGUAAGUUAUGUGCUGGAGAGAAACAAGUCUUAAUUGCAUGAAACAGCACAAGCCCUCUUUCAAUGCACCUGAUGCAGCAACCACUCCACAUUAAACUGUAUGCUUAUUAUGAUCUUCUUUGAAGUGGUUAUAAAGUACUCUCAUGCGAUGGGCAUCUUGGGUCAUGUUUUUCCCGCUUCAACUUGAUUCCGUUGUUUUUAAAAUGAGUUUCAUCAUGUAACACAUUAUUCACUGGGCUGUAAUGUGAUGUCACUGACGGAGCUUAUCCGUGCAUGCUGCAAAUAUCCAAUUAAUCGGUAAUGAAAUUAGUUGUCGACAAGGGCAUAGAUUUGGCUUGAACUUUGAGGGAGUUGCAACGUGAAGCAUUUACAUGUUUCCAUUGAUCAUGGUACAAAUAUGGGUAUUACUUGCUUGUUUUGAUUAUUGGGGGGGGGAGUUACCUCCGCCCCAUCCCCCCUGGAAUCUACACCCCUGGUUGUCAAUGAUUUUCAUUAUCGAUAAUUAUCGUUUUUAUCGAUUAGUUGUUGCAGUCCUAAAUAUCACCUUGUCAUAGCUAUGCUUCUUUAUAGCAGUUAGUUGCUCUCUGCUUUUAGAAACAUGAAUAUGUAGUCAUAUUCAGAGGGCUUUGGAUUGGGAGUUGUCAGCAAUUAUACACAUUAUAUGGUAAAAUUCUCAUGUCAGAACUGUUUGCUACAAGUGUAUCUGGGGGGUAAAAAAGGGUAGAGAGGAGUAGAGUUGCUAUAGAGCAGCUUGUCACUCAGUUAUUCCUGCUAAGAAUUGCAAAAACAUGCAGUGAGAAUACUUGUGUGACUUUUUUUUUUGAUGCGGCAAAUGAAUGCUGGCAAAUGAGGUUUAUUUGUAAGUGUGCACGUGUGUUUAUAAGGAUGAGCGUGUGUGUAUAUCAGUACCAACACCAGCGCAUGAACUGUAUUUCAUCUUUGCCACAUUAUUGAUUUGAGAAAUGUUCUAUACUUUAGCCAGUCAAAGAUGUGAUUAGAGCCAAUGAGACUGCAUCAGACACGUUUAGCUAAGCCUCUACAGAGAAGAUAUAAUUAAACAAUAAAGUUGUAAAUUAAAUAAAUCUAUGCUGUGUUUGUCAGUCCUACUCUUUUGGAAAUGUUGAAUACAUUUAAAUAACAAAUGGGACAUUCAGAGUCUGUGGCGUAAUGUUUUCUUUUUUUUUUUUUUUUUUUGGGAAACAAUGCAAGUAAACAGUUUCUGGGUAAAUGGAACACCAUGUGCAUAAAAACUCAGAUUUAUCUAAUACUUUACAUGAUAGGCAAUGAUAGACAUACAUUUGACAUCAGACCAAUUUAAAGAGGAAGGCGACAGAUAUUCACGUUUACUGCAAUGUUUAUGCCUCUUCUUUUUUCUUUCUACAGAUUCUAUUCUUCCUCCCAUCUCUCUAUUUUUAUCUCUUACAUGUCACCUGGUCUGACUCAAAAAAACACAGGGAAAAACACAGCUGUAGACAACAAAAGCUUUCUUUAAGUGUGCCUAUGUGUGCCUCAUUGUUUAAUUCACAUUGCACCUCUGUUGCAUCUCAGGACACUUUCUACCAGAGGACACAUUUAAAACAGCCAACCCUGGUGUUCUGAGCAGUUUUUCCUGCAGAGAGAGAAAGAAAGGGGAGAAAGAUAGAGAGAGAGAAUGUGAAUUGCUGGCAGAUAUUUGCAAAAUACAUCAAAUGUAAUGCUGACAUUGAUUUCAAUUAAUGUGAAUUCAUGCACUCUUUUCCCAUGUUUUGUCUCUGGAUUUUGUCAGUUUGCACGAAUAAUGUACAUUUGGUAUACCAUUACAAAAAGUGACAAUAUUUGGACCUUUGCCGUGAAGGCAAUUAAAUAAUUAAAUUUUUAA